AGGAGGAACCCCAAAAAUGCAGCCACGUGCCAAAAUGAUUGGCUUCGGGAGGAGAAAGAGGAGAAGCUUUGACUAGAGGCCCACGCGCUGCCCAGCGUAUUAUGACCUCUUCCACUGGGAAGGCCAAGCUGGGCCGCCUUCCACGGGGACACUAGCACCCUGGGAGCACACUGUGAAGGGUAGAAGGGCCUAGUGGGGCGUGGGUUUUUUCUGCUUGCUCUGCUUCCGCCACGCCGUCUCCCCAUGCCCAGUUCUGGAUGUGCCCAAUGAAUGUUUUCAUCUUGGGAGGAGCUCGGUCUUGCCCAUUAAAAAUGAGACACUUUCAAAUGAACUUGCUUUUCCUCUGUGUGGCAACUGUUGCAGCCAUCCCCAUCGUGCCCUGGAAGGUCAAAUGCCCACUGCAGUGCAUCUGCCAGAUCAGGCCAUGGUACACCCCCCGAUCCGCCUACAGGGAGGCGACCACUGUGGACUGCAAUGACUUGUUCAUCUCCACGGUGCCUGAGAGCUUGCCAGAGGGGACCCAGACCCUGCUCUUGCAAAGCAACAACAUCGCUAGGAUCGACCAGAGUGAGCUGGACUAUCUGAAAAAUCUCACCGAGCUGGACCUGUCGCAGAACAGCUUCUCCAGCGUCUGGGACUUCGGCCUGAAGAGCAUGCCCCAGCUGCUGAGCCUCCACCUGGAAGAGAACCAGCUGGCCGAGUUGCCCGAUAACAGUUUCUCUGGCCUGGCCAACCUCCAGGAGCUGUACCUGAACCACAACCAGCUGCGCAGGAUUUCCCCCAGGGCCUUCUCAGGGCUCAAUAACCUCCUUCGACUCCACCUGAACUCGAAUCUGCUGAGGACAGUCGACAGCCGCUGGUUCCAGAUGCUCCCCAGCCUAGAGAUCCUCAUGAUCGGGGGCAACAAGGUGGAUGCCAUCUUGGAUAUGAACUUCAGGCCACUGUCGAACCUGAGGAGCUUGGUUCUGGCUGGGAUGAACCUGAGGGAGAUCUCAGAUUAUGCCCUGGAGGGCCUGAGGAGCUUGGAGAGCUUGUCCUUCUAUGACAACAAGCUGAUGAACGUCCCCAAACGGGCACUGCAGCAAGUCCCCGGCCUUAAAUUCCUGGACCUGAAUAAAAACCCGCUACAGAGGAUUAAGCAGAGUGACUUCACCAACAUGCUGCACCUCAAGGAGCUGGGACUGAACAACAUGGAGGAGCUGGUUUCCAUAGACAAGUUUGCCUUGAUCAACCUCCCGGAGCUGACCAAGCUGGAUGUGACCAACAACCCCAAGCUGUCUUUCAUCCACCCCAGUGCUUUCCACCACCUCCCCCAAAUGGAAACCCUCAUGCUCAACAACAACGCCCUAAGUGCCUUGCAUAAGCAGACAGUAGAGUCCCUACCCAACCUGCAGGAGAUCAGCAUCCACAGCAACCCCAUCCGCUGCGACUGCGUCAUCCGCUGGGUCAACAGCACCGAGAACCACAUCCGCUUCAUCGAGCCGCAGUCCACGCUGUGCGCCGAGCCCCCGGACCUGCAGAGGAGGCACAUCCGGGACGUGCCCUUCCGGGAAAUGACCGACCGGUGCCUACCCCUCAUCUCCGCCAAGAGCCUCCCCUCCCGCGUGGAGGUGGCAGACAGCGAGAACAUCUCACUGCACUGCAGGGCCCUGGCAGAACCCGAGCCGGAGAUCUACUGGGUCACACCGUCGGGGGUCAAGUUGAUCCCGUACUCUGAAGAUGGGAGGUUCAAGGUGCACCCUGAAGGGACUCUGGAGAUUCACCAGAUCACUGCACGGGAGGCUGGGUUGUACACGUGCGUGGCCCACAACCUCAUCGGUGCCGACACGAAGACCAUCAGGCUGACAGUCAACAGCUCCUUCCCUGUCAGCGAGGACAGCCUGGAGCUCCUGGUGAAGGAAGUCCAGGCCUAUCACAUCCUGGUGACGUGGAAGCCGCACCUCAACACCGUCUCCUCUAACCUCACCUGGUCCAGCUUUGCUUUCAGCUCCAGCUUGGACCUCACCAACGUAGCUCGGAUCCCUGCGGGCACCCACACAUACAACAUCACCCGGCUCCACCAGGACACUGAAUACUGGGCCUGCCUUCACGUGGUAUUUGUAGACUUGCAGACCAAGGUGGCCUGUGUGAAUGCCAGGACUAAAGAGGCCAGCUAUCGCUAUAGGUACCUGGAGAGUAGGCAGAGCAUCUUGACGGUGCUGGCCCUUUGCAUCUUGCUGCUCUCCAUCAGCCUCAUAGGCCACUAUGGCUUCGGUUCCUUCAGGCCACAGCCUGGGAGCCCGGAGAAGCUGCUCCCCCACUGCAUACCAUGGAAGCCGGGUUCUUCCUCGGUGCGCGUGGUCUAUCCUCCUUUCAUCCAACCCUGGGAUCAAGGGCAGCAUGGGGACAAGCUUCUCGCUGUGGAAGUGCAAGCAACGCCCCUGGACUCUUGAAGGUCACCCUGCUGAAGCAUGGUGGGGACAGUGUGAGGGGCGGAGGGAAGGCAGGAGAAACUGGAUUUUUUUUUAUUUUUUUUUUACCAAAAAGCGGGGGAAAAAUUAAAAAAAAAAAAAAAGACCUGACCGACGAACACAGCAGCAUGGCAGACAGAGCAGGCAUGGCCCCCAGGGUAGGCCUUGCCAUGUGCCUCUGCCCACGUGCCCCACCCAAGUCACCCCUCAACCUUUGGCCAAACAGAUUGUCUCCCUUACAGACAACGCUCUGGUGCAGAGGGAAAGGUCCACGAGCAAAGCUCGUCCGGAGAUAGGGCAUGGAGGGCAAUGCCCAGAGCAGAAAGCCUGAGCUGGGGAGCACCUUGCUCUGCUUGUGAACAGCCAUACAGUUGACCCUGCCCAUGUUCUCCAGCAACCCAGCUGCCACGAGCCCAGUCGGACAGUCCCUGUCUUGGAAAUACAAAAAAGGCCUUUCCCUGGGGAUAGGAUCUUUUUCAUUUUUGCCCUCUGAGCAGCCAUUAAUACCCAUAAAUCCAACCUGCCAACCCCCUUUCUACACCAGGUUUUUGCUCACUUGCGGUCACCUUCAGGAACCUGGGGGAGGGAAAGGUGAUGACUGGGGCUAGCGAAACAAAAAAAGAAAUGAUGAUGAUGAUGAUGAUGCAUCUCCAAAUUGCCUAGCAACAACUUCCUGGAUCUGGCCGAAUUCUGCUGGGAAAAGCCAAUUGGAUGCUGUAACCCAAGAGCUUAAUUUCAAGGCUAUUUUGUAAACUUUUGUGGAUAAUGUUACAAAAAGAAAAAAAAAAAGUGGGGAGGGGAAAAGGAAAUUCUUGCUUUUCUGUUUUUGUAAAAAAAACAACCCACACAAAAUCCUUUGUACACUGGUCUAUAGCUAGAAGGCUUCAUGCUAGAAAAACAUGGCUUCAGAUACAGGCAGGGGGGAUGGAUAGAUGGGGAGAAGGGGGAGGAAACUUUGAUGUGAGAGAGGUUCCAAGAACAAAGUCUCAUCUUUGAGAACGGCUUCACUUUGCCCUCUGCGCACAUCCCACCGCAUAACUUGCAACAUCUCAGGAGAUGAAAGAGGACGGAGUCUUUAUGGGGUGGGGAGAGAGGAUGAACAUUCAAUUCGCCAGUGCUGUCAUCGCCUCUCUUUGUCUGAUAAGCAAUUAAAAUUGCAAAUGAAACACACCAGUGGACAACGUGAGUCCCCCCUGUCUGUUUCUUAUUACGCCAAACCAAAAGAGGCUG